AUUGCUCUUCAAACGCGCUAUACUCUCUAUCGCAGCAUCUUAUCUCAACUCACAUUACUCAAUUUUGACAAUGCCACUUCUACAAUUGCCCCCCGAGACUCUUAGACAGAUCUUUGAUCAACUUGACUCGUCUUUCUUUCACGAGGAUUUAGGCCGCCUCACAAUCUGCAAACAGUGGUUUGAUUUCGCUCUUCCUGCAUGCCUCAAGUGCAUCGCCCUUUCUCAAGAGGUUCUGCGAAAUCUGAUUAUCUCUACGGCAAUAAAAAAGCCUUCUCCGCUUGAAAACAGCUUGGAAACCCUAGACCUCAAUCUAAGAGGAUACCAAUACGGCAUCUCUACGCCCUAUGGCAACCCGGUCAAGACUUCGAAAAAGGCCCUAAAUGAUGACCUCGCUCAGCUUGCCAUUAUCGUCCAGCAGUCUCAUAGAUUGCGUACAUUGUGCGUAAGGGCCUGGAGCUCUUCCUCGCCUAAUGCCCUCUCCAGACCAGAAGAUUAUCUGUCACUCUCUACCGUGCGAGCUUUACUCUCAGUGGAGAAUUUGAGUGUCCUGGUGCUAGAUCUAUCCGGAAGCUCUUUAAACCCAUCAGGACAGCAAGGGCACGAAUGUCAUAUUUGCCCAUCUAUUGGUGCCCUUCUUCAUACUCUUCGAACCCUUCACUUACGCAUGCGCAGCAUCUGCCCCGAUGUAUUAAAGACUCAAAAUCUCGAUAGUACGCUACACUUGAGCACGGUGGCCAUCAACUUGAGUCUGAUUGCAGAUCAGCCAAACCUAACGUCAGCAGCUCACUCUAAACCAUGCGGUUCUCAGGGCGGUGGAUUGAUUCAACUGCAAGCGGACAUACGGGAACAGGCGGAAGCUCUCGUAACCCGAAUGGCGUCCCCUAAAACCAUGAGGAUUCUGACUCAUUCACUUCCGCUGUUUGAAAUAAAGUCACUAGACAUCUUGACUGGCAAGAGAAUGAUUCUGGAUGACGAUGCGGCGUGGGAUGACGAUGGCAAAACUGUUCAGGAGGACUCGGAGCCAGAGUCCGAGAUUUUAGAUGAAGAUUUUGCUGGUUUUCUAGACGAUUGAUAUUGUUCUAAUGGUCAAGCUUCAGAUCAGCUUCUGAUGAUGAACUAGCUUGGCUUGCCAUGCAUGCGGGUAGGCAACAUCACAUAUCUGCUGUACGGAGUAUAAACCUGCAAGGAAUGGAUUUACUUACCCUAAGAAAUGCUUUGCGGCUCAGAGUCUCCCCUUGAUCAUGAUUCAUAUGAUAGCUAGACACCUGUGGUUGAAAGUUCAUAUUCGAUACAUGGUUUAGUAGAAGCUGGUUCUCAUGGGCGUAUAUAAGCUUUCAGUCGUGUAGGCUUUCUAUUCUUCUUGACCGUUGACUGCAGGACUUUAGACACAGCAAGCCAGCCAUUUGAAAAGCACAGAACUUUUUUCUUCGCAGUACUCUUCAACGGGAAGACAAGG